AUGGAGCAACGGGAGUCGCAUGAGAUGCACAGCGUCAGCGAGGAGACCAGACAAGCAAAUGCGAGUGCACCAAAGGUCCCGGAAACUACUCACGAGCCCAUGUACACGUCGAGGCUGUCGAGAGCGUCUUCCAUGACCGUUCGCGAGCCCAUCGUCAGGACCCUCCACACUUCGUUCUGGCCGCUGAUGGUCUUCAUCUUUUACGCUACACUCGCCCUAUUCACCUGGAUCGUUCUUUGUGUCGCGAGCAGCCGGCCGAUUGGAAGCAAGUUAAGCUAUACGGAUAAUCAAGACUACUUUAAAGAUGUAGCUCGUCUCUUGGCUAAACACGAGAGGAUCCUUAGGGCUGCGCAGAUCCUGCAAUCGGUAGUCGCCCUACUCACCAUUCCCAUCACUUCAGCGAUAUGCUCUAUAGCCUUCGCUGCCUAUAUCCAGGCUGGCAGCUCGAGAACGAAGUUGAAUCUGCGUCAGACUAUGGCGCUUGCAGAUCAAGGCUGGAUCAGCCCAAGAAUGUGGGCUAGGUGGUCUAAAGUUGGAAGUCUUCCAUUGUACUUCGCCUUUGCAUUGACCUUAGUGGUUGUUCGACUCCGUAGCAUUCUAGAAUCGCGCGCGGAAAGAGAACAUGAGCCUUACCUCUGGAUCGAUGAACAGAAGGAUGGACUGGAUAAUGACAUGUGUUACGAUACAUUCAGUGUGGCCACCAAUUGUAACCGCUUCUCGAGGAGUCUUUAUCAACUUGAUGAGAUGAGCUUAGAUGCCUGGUUCUCACCCGUUCCCUUGGACUUCAGCACCGGUGUCUAUGUUGACCCUCAGUACGCACCGCGCCUCAAUACCACAAUUGAAUACAGGAACAUGACAGACGCUGAGUGGCCAACCGAAUGCGUUCGCGACAGAGAAGAUGUAUUUUUCGCACAAUACCGUGGAGGAGAGACGGGAUACCGGGAGUUCGAUAUAAUAGCUUGCAUACCCGCCAAUAUCUCUGGCACGCCUUGGCAAGCUACGUACAACCAGCAGGACAUUACCGAGGACCUUUUUCUCGCAAUUUCGGUGCCUUCAAUGUUACGCACUCCUAUUAUGUGGAAAAUCACCGCCCGUUCGACGUUAGGCUACUUCGAACUUCCUAAUACCAAGAACGGCAAUCGCGCCGGGCCGUUACUCCAUAAGCUAUCCUUGGACAGCGCUAGAGGCUCUUCAACCAGCGGAUCCAGUCGAGAUGAGAAACGAGCAACCAACGAAACAUACGCAGGAAAUGUGAGACAACCCAUUGGAAAUCACAUCGGUCCGCUGACUGCUAUUGGACUGGCACUAUUUGGCGAAGGCUCUUUCAUCGAGAGAAGAGUUUCAAAUCCAUCCGCCUUCCUUGUAGAUCGGCCUGAGGUCGAUGAUGAAGUAUGGUUCAGAAACUUCGGCAACAACUGCCUCGGGAAUAUGCCUCUCAACUUUGCCAUAGGGGGCCCGUGCCUCCGCGACUACGACUACCAGUCCGAAGUCGACGUCCUUGGCCGCGUGAGACAACUAGCCGCAUUCUUUGAUUCGGAACGUUCUGCAAGUAGGGCGUUCACUGUGGCCGCUUUCCUCGCCAACAAGGAGUGGCUGAACCCGAGCCAAUUCCACAGAUGGGGAGGAUUCGACCAAUCGCGGAAUGUAUAUGUCGAUACGGGCGUUCCAACCAAGAAGACAUAUAUCGCGCUUUGGGGGGUCAUCACCGGGUCCGUUUUCCUCGGCCUCCACCUUCUCGGGUUGCUAGUGCUUGCCCUGUACGCCUUUUGGAUGAGGCCAUUCACGCCUUGGUUGGGUGCAGAAUUCGUUGUCAAGGCUGGUACGGCACAUGCUGAUAUUCUGAGCGCUGCCGAAGGGGACAAGCAGUGGAAGCAGACUGUUUCUGCGUGCCCUGGGUUCGUCGGGGACGAGAAACCCACAGAUGAUGUGGGUCGAAUCGCAUUUGGUGCUACUGCUGCCUUGAGCACAGCACGGGACAAGAAGUUUGAAGAGCUAUAG